AUGGCCAGCGACAUCAAGACAAACGAGUUCUAUACAAUCAUGGCUGACGAGACAACAGACAAGUCCAACCGAGAACAAGUGGUGGUAGUCUUCAGAGACGUGGACGAGGACUUAAAUGUGCACGAGGACUUUGUUGGGUUUCACCAAGUAAAUUCCAUUGACGCCACUACACUGACGUCGGUCAUAGAAGACACUCUUCUAAGAAUGAACCUAAUCUUGAGCCAGUGCAGAGGGCAGUGUUAUGAAGGGGCCAUCAACAUGACCGGAGCGAAGCGUGGUGUGGCGACAAACAUCUUAGCAAAGGAGGAGCGAUUUGUUUUCACGCACUGCUACGGACAUGCGCUCAAUCUGGCGGUUGGGGACUGUGAACGUCAGUGCAAGCUCUUGCGCGACACCAUGGAUACAGUGCAUGAAGUCUCCAAACUGAUUAAGUAUUCACCAAAGAGGGACAGUACCUUACAGACCCUGAAGGAGGAGAUGAGCCCCGAUACCCCUGGGUUCCGUGUACUGUGCCCUACGAGAUGGACAGUGCGUGCAGCAAGCCUGUGUAGUGUCUUAGACAACUACACUGUGUUACUGACCUUGUGGGACACCUGCUACGAGCAGACCAAAGACUUGGAGAUCCGUUCCAGGAUAGUAGGCGUGCGGUCCCAGAUGGAGAGCUUCGACCUCUUCUUUGGUGUCCAUCUGGAUUACAUCAUCCUGCGACAUACAGACAACUUGAGUCGCACCCUACAACAGAAGGACAUGUCCGCAUCAGAGGGUCAGGCAGUUGCAUCAAUGACGGUGGAAACAUUGACCAGCAAGCGCUCCGACGAUGCCUUCGACAAGUUUUGGGUUGACGUCAACAGCAAGCUCGAUGACGUCGACGUAGGAGAGCCAGUGGUUCCCAGGUGA